AUGGCGUCUCCUGCUGUUCCUGGCGGCUCGCCCGCUCCUGAGGUCGUUGCUGGCCCUGUCGCGGCCUCGACUGUUCCUCCCCAAUCCCCCCCAGACAGCCCGACUGGUUCAACCUCGACACUGGGCUCCAGUUUGUUGGACUACAACUAUUAUUCCUCCCCGCCACGUUCCUCUUCGUCGCAGGUUCUAGAGCAGCACUCCUCCCCGGUGUCCGGGCACCACGUCCAAUUGCGCCGCAAACCCGUCCCGUCGCAGCAUGCCAACCUAGCGACUGCCAAUCCUGCCCACCCGUCCUCUCCCCUUUCAAUCGAGGAUCAUAAACCUUCCUCUCCCAUUCUUCCUCCUGCCAACAACUCGCCUCAGUCCCCUUUCCAUGUGGAUGGAGAUAACUCCUUCAUAUCGGUGCCAAGGAAUCCCAAUAGAUACUCACGCGGACGGCAUCCCGCAAACCCCCUGCGCAUAGAUACCGCAGCUUCCAGCGCGUUUCUCCGGUCUGUUACCGCGGACGAAGACGACGACGACGACGACGACGACGAAGUUGCCGACUACUUUGACGAAGCUUACGAACACCAGUUCACGCAUGGAAUCGGAACUCCCCUUCACAGUCGUUUAGUGAGCGAGCCUUUCAUACCAAUCCUGAACUCUCCUCCCCCAACCCAACGGCGACCAACGAGCAUGGCCCUCCACCCACCAAUAAAUCGGCCACCGCCCCUGCAUAUCGAUAUAGAUGGCCGGUCAAUGUCCAUGCCCCUCACCGACCCCCGACAACCUAAAACCCCUGGAAACAAAAUCAGCUCUUUCUUUGGUUGGAAGGCGGCUACUGCCACCGCCACCUCCCCCGGUGCAGAGUCCUCGAGCACCGAGAUCUCUGACUCGGGCCGGUCACCACUGCCCUCCCCCAUGCCGCCAUUGGCCAAUGUGCCCAUCGCUAUGAAGCCCUCAUCUCCUUAUGACACCAAGGCCCCUGGCUUUGGACCUCCUGUCCGCACCUCUUCCCUCGGAGGUGUCAGUACUCACGACGCCAUGUUUACCUCCAAGAUUGCCGAUUUGGAAAAUGAAUUGCGUGAAAUUAGCUCUGAACUGGCAGGCUCCAUCCGUCGGGAAAUGGAAUUAGAAGAUCUCAUUGAACGUUUCCAAACUGAGGGGCCCGAAGUCAAUCGCAGGACCAGUGACUAUUUCUCCGAUUCGGGUACCAGCUCCAUUCGAUAUGCCCCUGACCGACAGGAGGAUAUUGAAAAGAUCCGUCGGGCCGCGGAGCAGGAGCGUGCUCAACUAAAGGUUGAAAUGUCCCAAAGGCUGCAGGAAGAGCGGACACGACGAACUGCCUCUGAAUCGCACGUUCAGAUCUUGGAAAAUCAGGUCCAGCAGCUUCGACGGGAUAGAACCGAUGUAUCAGAUCUGUCAUCGAAGACGAAAGAACUAGAAACCGCUCUGGAGAACACCAGGCGUAAAUUACUCGAGGAGCGGCAAUCGAAGGAUAAUUUUGAAGAUUUGCUUACUGCCAUGCGAGUUGAACUCGAGCAGUUACGAAACGAACGAGAUGUCCUCCGCGAAGGCGUAGCACCGGCAGUGGACUCGUCUGAAAUGCAACGGCUACUAGAAGAAAUAGAAGCCCUCAAAAUUGAAAAUGCUUCAUUGGCACAGCUGCAAGGCUCGCGAUUUGCUUCCAUUGCUGAAGAGGAAGGCGUUUCAGCGAAGCGCAAUUCGGCUUUCGGUCUCUCCCGGUCUAAUUCGCUCGCCCGCAAGCCUGCUGGUGGCUUGGCACGAUCAGGCUCAUUGUCUCGAUCUAAUUCCGUGUCAGGUGGUAAGGACCGGGAGAGCCGCGAAUCGCUGUUUGACAAGGUCAAGGAUAUCGAAGCUCAGCGAGAUGCUCUGCACCGUACUCUGAAGAGCCUUCUUGAUCGCCAGCUGUACCAGGCACGCGACUUUGAGAAGCGCACUCGAAUUAUGGAAAUCGAGCUUGCGCAGGCACGGGAGUCUGGACCUCCUCGAAAGCUUGGAUAUGAAAGAGAAGUGCGGCUGUUACGGGAGGAUGUGAACCAUCUCCGCUUCCGUGCCGAAGAUGCUCUGGAUGCCAAGUGGCAAUGCGAGAAAAACCUGGCAGGUCUCAAGAUGGACCUUGACCGUGCCGAGCAGGAGACUGGCUCUCUGCGGGUUCUUCUACAGCAGCACGAUACGUCUACCUCAGAUGAUCUGGACAUAGACACCGACCCAGAAAGCUUCGCCAAGGUAGUGGCAACAUCCACUUCCCUAGAAACCAUCUUCCAGCAACUUCUGGUAGACCGGCAACAGGCUGAAGCUGAUGGGGCUCAGUCAGAUGAGCUGGCUGCCGCCAUCACUCGAACAGAUGCGUUGGGCAGCCGUGUUAACCUGCAGCUGCAGAUGAAUAGUUCCCUCCGUCGUCGCCUGGAGGAUGCCAUUGACAAGGGUGAGAGGGACCAGCACCUGUCGGUUGAACGCAUCAAUGUUCUGCAAAACCAGUUGAAGGAAACAGAAGAUAAUCUGCUGUUCGCCCAGCAGCAUUGCGAGGAUGAAAUGGGCAAGCAUGAAGAUGAAAUCCGACAGCUCAAGGAAAACCAAAGUGCGCAGCUGAUGCGGAUGAAGAACGGUGGCCGCACCCCCGUAAGCCUCUCACCCCGGCCACCGAAUACGCCAUUUGCCGGACGCUCGCCGCGCCUCGAUAAGACUACCAGCGGUGACGGUGUUCCGCUGGCCGAUGUUGUCCAGGCCGAAGUCUUGGAGAGACGAGUCAAGGAUUUGGAGAAACUCCUCCGCGAUGCGGACAUGGAGAUGGAAGAAGUAGUGAGUCGGAUGAACCGUGCGCAGGUUGAUGUGGCCCAGCUGCAAUCUGACAGAGAUGAAGCUAUUCGCCAGACUCACUACCUGCAGGCGGACAUUCAAACAGAGCGGGAUACGCUCCGCGGUUUGAUGUGA